AUGCCCGCAGCUGCUUCAGCUACAACGAACCCCCCUGCACUGACGCUUCCAUCUGAUCAUGGCAUCUUUGGCCGAGGGAGCGACUCAGCUCUGCCAAACGCCUCGAGCAGUGCCACAUCAUCUUCCAGGACGAUACGCUCGCCCAGUAGUCUCUCGGCAGUGGCACAAGGAAAGCAAAGAUCGACAGAGCCAACGAAUCUCCUUGAUGAGAUCAUGGCCAAGUCAGCUGUAGUACCGAAACGCUCGAUGCUGCAGCAGCGACUAUCAGCGACGGCCGAGCCGUCGACAUCCUCCGGGACGGCAGCCUUGAGACAGAGAUCUCGAUCGCCAAGCACGCCUUUGUUCGACAAAGCGACGAGUCCUGCGCUUAGCGCGCCGAGCUCAACCGCUAGCGAGAAGCCUCUGUCAGAAGAGCAUAAGCAGGCUCUCGUCCGUCCACAUAGUAUCAGCGACAAGCAACUGCGUAGUCUCGUUCGCGCCAUUCAAAAAUGGGGCCCUCUGGAAUUACGCUACGACAAAGUCGCGCGAGAGGCAGACUGUACGCUGCAGGAUCCGAUCGUGCUUACGAGCGCAAUCGAUGGAUUCCUCGAGGAAUGUCGCAAGGCUGUCAAGGCACAUAUGGCCAAGAUAGACGCAAUGUUCGAAGCAAAAUCGCCUGGUCUUGCUGUCUUUCGCGCAAAGAUCGUCCACCCACAGGUUGCAGGUAUGACCAAAGUCAAUGCUGAAGCCUGUCUGCUACGCGUUGAGGAUCUCGGCAGGCUUCACCAAAGGAUUCGUUCGCUCGAGCGUCCGUCCGGCUUUACCAUCACUGAUCCGCCAGUGCGUCAGACCUACAAGUGGGACUGCGAUUGGACGCCAGAAGACGAUCGACAAUUGCUCAUUGGUGUCAACAGACAUGGUUUUGGCGAAUGGCAUGCAAUUCGAGACGAUCCAGAGCUCAAUUUGAAGGACAAACUCUUCUUUGCCAAGGCGGGGGCGCGUCAGAUAGACGAGGCCAAUGCUGUCAGCCAACCCGGAUUCUAUCUUCCUACUGUAGUGCUGGCCCACCGUCUCGAAUUAUCGCCGCCGCCUGACGAUCCUGUGCUUGAAAUGCGUCCCGCUCUAUCACAAGCGCCAGGGAUUGCUAGCUCGGCUCCCUCUCGUGCCCAGUCUGUCGUCGCGAUGGAGAGCUCACCCGCUGCUAGCCCAAAGCCGAGGAACGCUAUUGCAAAGAACCUCCUGCCCAACGAGAGCGCCAUUUCGCUUCGUGCCGACUUUUUGCUCAAGCAUCUGCGCGAUCCCGUUGUCGAAGUCAAGGAGACGCCAACGAAGAAGCGCAAAGCGAAGGACCCGGAAAGAGAUCCCAAAGGUUCGCAUAGAAAGAAGAGAGCGCUUCUCAAGGAUGUCGUCUUGAGCGGCGAGGAGGCACUUCUCAAGCCAAUCAAACCUCAGCUACAGCAGCUCUGGUCGGCUUCGAAUUUUGAUCGAGAAGCAAGAGUUGCACGGAUCCGAGAGCUACUGCUGCCCAUAGGCACGCACAUUGCAGCUUUGCGCAACGUAGACUCGGCUCCGCUCUGGAGCGCCGCCGCUCGCUACUUCUCCCAUUCGCCCAUCACGGGCAGUCAGCUCGAGGAACUCUUCACGUUUGCACAUGACCGGCUUGCGCCAAAACAAAGUUCAUUUUCUGAAGCAGCUGCACCUCAGAUGCCGACGCCACCCGCGGCCGAUGUCGCGCCUGGCCAGAUUGAGAGUCAGAGCCUGCAAAGACCGAAGCGCACGGACCUGUUGCGAGUACCCCGCCUUUACGAAACUUCCAAGCUCAAGACAAAGACUCUUCACUCACACUCAAAGAUGAAGUUCACUGCCGUCGCUCUCCUUGCUGGUGCCGCCGCCGCCGUCUCGGCCACGACGCCUACCCAGCUCAUCAACCAGCUCAACGUUGUCACGACGGAUGCACAAAAGCUGAACACCUCGUUGGCUGCCACUACCUUCACCUACAGCUCCGCAUACGCCAUCCACACCGCGGCUCUCCAGACCAUCAAGGAUAUCAACAACGCUACCUCUCUGUGCAACAGCACCACUGGCUUCACCCCCGCCAACAGCGUCACCGUCAUCAACACGGUUGCCAACAACAUCACGCCCCCCACCAAGGCUGCCCUGACAUCUUUGAUCAACAAGAAGUCGCAAUUCGACAGCUUCAAGCUCGGCUCGCUCGCCAAGCAAGACAUCAACAACCUCAAGAACUCGACCGACAACCUUGCAGCAUGCAUUGUCAACCAAGUCAUCGGUGCCACCGUCACGCCGCUCGACACCGCCUUUGCUCAGGCAGCAGCUGCCUACGCGUCCGAAGCCUAG